UCCGUUUCUCACUUUACCGGGACCCCUUUAUCUCCCCUGAUUUACUGGAAGCAAUGGAUUCUGACGUGCCGUCCUGCUCUGGAGCCAAAAAACGUCGCAAAUCAACAGAUCAAAUAGACGAUCCUGUUUUUGUUGAAUUCCACUCGAACGAACCAUUGAUGGCGUUACUUAACAACAGUGUCUCGGCUUUAAAGAAAAGAAACGAGUUCUCUUUAUGUAUGCUUAAAAUUUCCCAUUGUAAUGGAAUGGCUCCAAAAAACUUCUCAAAAGCUUUUUGCCAAACAGAACGAUAUAAGUGCACUGAUGAAGCUUCUUCAUCAUCAUCUACAUUGAGCCCAAAGCAUGUUAUGUUGUUUUCCAUGUCCAGUAUCUUUUGUUACGGAGAAGAAUUGUUGUGUAGUUUUCUGAAACCAAAAAGUGAGACUUGCCUUCCUCAAAGAAAAGGUGCAAAAAUUGCAUUAUCAAAGCUUUUGUAUUUUCUUUCAGAAGAAACUGGCGCUGCUGAAAAGGCGUUUGCAGAGGAAGACCGGAAGUUGACAGAGGCAGAAUGGGCAGUUGUUUUAGCUCAUCACCUGUUUUCAAAACUGUCUGUUUCAUCACAUUAUCUUAUUGACAAGGGGUACAGCAAAUAUGCAAGAUGUCCAUGUGGUUGUGACGGAAUUUUAACCGGGGACUAUGGGGACACAAGCAUAGGUUGUCCUGAAGUUUGGCAUGGUUUUGUUGAUCUCAUGAUGGGCAUGAUUGGCAUAAAUAUAGCAACCAUUGAACCAGAUUCACCUGGUGGGUCAGGAAACCGUUCUUCAAUAGAAGUAAAAAUUGAAAAUACAGAUUUGAAAUCUAAUAAGGAGCAAAUGAUAGCACAGUCCAUUGUAUUUUCAUUUCUGCAACAAAAACUGCAUCCUGAGUUUGUAAACCAUUUAAUUCCAAGCAUUGGUAUAUCAAAAGAGAUGUUAGUUAUAUACUACUAUGAUUGUAAAAAUGAUGUACUUAUUGAAAGUUCUCAGAUGCCUUACAUUCAAGAUGAAAAACUGUGUAUUCCGACCAUAGUUGCUUUGUGGUUAGCAUUGAAUUUCAAGUACUUUUGUUCUGGUAUAACCAAGGGCAUGAAUAACUCCAGUUACAAAGCAGGCUUCUUUGAACAAGUUGAUGAAAAAUUAAAUCUGUAUAUGAAUGUUAAUAUGCCAUGUGGUAAGCCCUAUUCAAAGGAGGAUAAUACCUGGACAUGGUUAGGAAAGCCAAUAGAAGAUGAACCUGCAGAAAAAGUCAAAGAUAUCAAUAAGUUAGAACCUUGGUGAAAUUUCUCAUUUAGACAAAAACUUAAUGUACACCAUUGAUCUUCUUUUUCCUGCCUAAUCAACAUCUUCUUUACCAAUCAAAGAACAAUACUUUAUUUUGGAUCUUCUUCAAGUGUUGUUGUCUAUGUCUGCAGUAGUAAAUAAAAGUUUCAGGUCAAAAGA